CAUUCCAGAGCAAUGCGGCGAGACAGCCUGGCCCUGGGCUGGGCAGUGGCUGCCAUCCUGCUGCUACCUGCGGUGGUGGCAGAGCGCCCCCCUUGGACUCUGCAGGGCAAGGCCGGGGUGUUUGCAGAUCUGAGCGCCCAGGAGCUCAAGGCUGUGCACAGCUUCCUCUGGUCCAGGAAGGAGCUGGGGCUGCAGCGCUCCACGGUACCAACCAUGGCCAAGAACAGCGUGUUCCUCAUCGAGAUGCUGCUGCCAGAGAAGCAGCAGGUGCUGAAAUUUCUGGAUAAUGGGAAAAGACGUCCUACCCGGGAAGCCCGUGCCAUCAUCUUCUUUGGGGACCAGAAGCAGCCCAAUGUCACUGAGUUUGCUGUGGGGCCUUUGCCACUGCCUUCCUACAUGCGAGUGCUGUCCCCCAGGCCAGGACACCAGCGGUCCUGGGCAUCCAGGCCGGUCUCUGCUGCAGAGUACAGCCUCCUCCAUCACACCCUGCAGAAGGCCACCAAGCCCCUGCAUCAGUUUUUCCUUGAUACCACAGGCUUCUCAUUCCAAGACUGUGGGGGCCGAUGCCUGACCUUCACCGAUGUGGCCCCCCGAGGCGUGGCAUCGGGCCAGCGCCGCAGUUGGCUUAUCUUACAGCGCUUUGUAGAAGGCUAUUUCUUGCACCCCACUGGGCUAGAGCUCCUUGUGGAUCAUGGGAGCACAAACGCCCAGGACUGGACGGUGGAGCAGGUCUGGUACAACGGAAAGUUCUACCAGAGCCCAGAGGAACUGGCUCAGAAGUAUGCAGAUGGACAGGUGGCCACAGUGGUCCUGGAGAGCCCACUGCCCACGGGCCAUGGGAACGAGAGCACAGAAGAGCUACCUCUCUUCUCCUCCUACAAGCCCCGUGGGGACUUCCCCACCCCCAUCAGCGUAGGUGGUCCCCGCGUGGUCCAGCCCCACGGCCCCCGCUACAGGCUGGAGGGCAACGCAGUGCUGUAUGGAGGCUGGAGCUUUGCCUUCAGAUUGCGCUCCUCUUCUGGGCUGCAGGUCCUGAAUGUGCACUUCGGGGGUGAGCGCAUCGCCUACGAGGUCAGCGUGCAAGAGGCCUUGGCACUGUAUGGAGGACACACGCCGGCAGGCAUGCAGACCAAGUACGUCGAUGUGGGCUGGGGCUUAGGCAGCGUUACCCAUGAGUUAGCCCCUGGCAUUGACUGUCCAGAGAGCGCCACCUUCCUGGACACCUUCCACUACUACGAUGAGGAUGACCCCGUCCGCUAUCCGCGGGCCCUCUGCCUCUUUGAGAUGCCCACAGGAGUGCCCCUCCGGCGACACUUUAAUUCUGACUUUAAUGGUGGUUUCAACUUUUAUGCGGGGCUGAAAGGACACAUUCUGGUGCUUCGGACGACUUCAACAGUCUACAAUUACGAUUACAUCUGGGACUUCAUCUUCCACCCUAACGGUGUGAUGGAGGUCAAGAUGCACGCCACCGGCUACAUCCACGCCACCUUCUACACCCCCGAGGGGCUGCGCUACGGUACUCGCCUGCACAAACACCUGCUGGGCAACAUGCACACCCAUCUGGUGCAUUACCGCGUGGACCUGGAUGUGGCAGGCACCAAGAACAGCUUCCAUACACUGAGGAUGAAGCUGGAAAACAUCACCAACCCCUGGAGCCCAGGACACCAGCUUGUGCAGCCAACUCUAAGACAGAGGCGGUACCUGCGGGAACGCCAAGCCGCCUUCCGCUUCGGAUGGACCCUGCCCAAGUACCUGCUCUUUACCAGCCCCAAAAAGAACCCCUGGGGUCAUAGGCGCAGCUACCGCCUGCAGAUCCACUCCAUGGCUGAUCAGGUGCUGCCUCUGGACUGGCAGGAGGAGCGGGCCAUCACCUGGGCCAGGUACCCCCUGGCAGUGACCAAGUACCAUGAGGCGGAGAGGAGCAGCAGCAGCAUUUACAACCAGAAUGACCCCUGGGACCCCCCUGUAGUCUUUGAGGAAUUUCUUCAGAACAAUGAGAGCCUUGAAAAUGAGGACUUGGUGGCCUGGGUGACAGUGGGCUUCCUGCACAUUCCCCACUCAGAAGACAUCCCCAACACAGCCACACCUGGGAAUUCUGUGGGUUUCUUGCUCCGGCCGUUCAACUUCUUCCCAGAGGACCCCUCCUUGGCAUCCAGAGACACCGUGAUCGUGUGGCCUCAUGACAAGGGUUCCAACUACAUUCAGCAAUGGAUCCCUGAGGACAGAGACUGCUUGAAGCCUCCCCCUUUCAGCUACAAUGGGACCUACAAGCCUGUGUGA